AUGACACUGCCGCGCGCGGCGCUGCUCACGUGGGCGGCUGUGGCGUGUGGCGUGAUUGCAGCCGAGGAACACCCACACCACAGCGGGGGUAUGGGUGCGGCGGCGGCGACGACCGCGCUCGUGCCCGUGCCGCACGAGGUCCAGCACGAGCACGGGAGCAUGCCGAUCCUGGAGACCGAGCUGACCGCCAGCGAGCGUGCGUACUGGGCGAACUACUCCACGGCCUCCUACUUCAACCUCCCGGCCGCGGCCACGCCGAUGCAGCGCCGGACGAUGCACGCGCACGUGACCGCGAUGCUCCUGGUCACGUGCGUGGUGUACCCGGUGUCGCUGAUGGUGGGUCACGUGGCCUGGAAGCCCCGGCGCGGCCAGCCGCGCGCGCUGGUCCUGAAGACCGCGCACACGGGACUGGUUGUGUGCGGUGCGGUCGUGCUUUUCAUCGGCAUGUGGGCGCUGCAUGCGUUCCACGCCAGAGGUCCGGCGUUGCCGGAGCUGCGAUACCCGGGAAACGUGUACGCUGCGACGAGCGUAAUCGUCGUGGUCCUCACAGUGCUGAAUCUCCUAGGUACCUGUGUCCGGUUUGCACUGGCCUGCUGUCAAAGGGCGCUCACAGGACCGCCUGGAGGAGGCCAAGACCCGCCCCACUCGCUCGACACGUACGAAAUGAUCCCGGCCGUGGACCAUCGCCAUCAAUCCCAGAGCUCGCAAGACUCCGAUCUUACUGCAGCGCUGUCCAUGGGUUCUGACGGUGCCCUUGCAUGCACUCAUAAGCCGGGUUCUCUCGGCGGCGGAAAGCCCGCUCGAUCGUCUCCUUUCGGAGGCUCUCCGCGCGACUCAUUUGACGAAAAUCUCAACUCAGACCUGGAGGCCCACCGCCGCGCGCUGACCCACGUUGCAGGCUCAUUUACUCAGCGGCUGGCCAGUGUCGUGAUUGGUCUCACGUCCUGGCCGCUUUUCAUAAUGUUGGCGGUCCACUGCCUCAUCGGUCUAGCCGUAGGCAAUUUGUUUGGCCAGGGCCUGCGGGUGUUCAACUUGCUGGCACACUGGAUCAAAGGUGGGGUUUUUGUUACUCUCGGUAUCGUUUCGCUUGCCCGCUACUGUGGAUGUGGUGCAAGUAAAGGUUGGGCCUGGAACCGUUGUGCCGUGCCAUUGCAUCCCAACAGCGCACUACACAAUCUCCAAAAUUUCAUCUUGCCCAACGGCUCUAUGAUCACCAUGGAAUUUAUAGAGACGUUCCUGAUUUUCUUUUACGGAACUACCAACGUUUUUUUGGAGCACCUAUCCAACCAAGAUGGGCAAUGGCAUGCUAAGGACUUACAACACGUGUCCAUAGCGUUCAUGUACAUUGGGUGUGGGCUAUGCGGUCUGCUGAUAGAGUAUAAACUCUCGGGCUGGAGGAGGAGAAGCGCUUUGCAGAAAGGUGAUUCAACUUUGGAUCACUAUUCAACUACCGGUACUCCCGGUUUCACACCAAAUCCGUUCCCAACUUUCACCAUUUUUUGGACAGGAAUACUUAUGUCACAACAUGCUCAAGCAUCGGCAACUUCCACAGCGAUUCACGUGCAAUGGGGUAAUCUACUCUCUUAUGGAUCUUUCUUUCGUCUGCUGACAUACGUUUUGCUUAUUCUGAAGCCCAAUACGGACAGCAAGCCCUCUAAGCCCUUCACUGAGCUCAUCACAUCUUUCUGCCUCUUAUGCGGCGGCCUCAUUUUUAUGGAGUCCACCGAUCAAGUGGUCGAAGCCCUUGAAUAUCGUGGGCUCACGGGCAUGUUUACGUUCAACCUCAGCGUCGGAUUUACAACUCUAUUUAUGGCCUGGGAAAUCAUCCUGCUCCAUUGCAAGGAUUGGCUUGAAAACGUGUUUCUUUAA